CAGCUACUUGUUAAUAGAAAGUGAAUCAUUCAAAAUGUCCUCCAAUGCCAGUGCCAAUGGAUCAACAACAGUUCUUACGAACGAAGCUACCACCACUCAACCAUCAAAGGUAGACCCAAAAACAUCUAAGGAUGCCAUUCCUAACGAUGAAGAAGAUUUAGCAAUGAUGAAGAAGCGUAAGCUCGUUAGAUGCAACAAAACCACCAACCCAUUAAAAUUCAAAAUAUGGCAAGUUGGGCAUUUCUUAACCUUAGGAUUUGGAUCAAUUUCAUUAUUAUUCCAAUUCUUUUGGUUACCCAACAAGUAUUAUAUAAACUCAAUCUGCUAUAGAUUAACCUUUAUUGGUGCAAUUAUGGCCAUGUUGGCUACAUUUAGUAAGAAAUUUGGUUUACGAUAUUUGCCAUCGCCUGCUUCUAUGUUGUCUCAACAAAAUUUCCAAUACCUUAUCCUUGCUGCAGUUUGGAUUGUCUCAUUUAAGUCUGUGUUUAAGAUUAUUCCUUUUUACUUGUUAUCAAUUUUACAUAUCGGGAACUGGAAAGAAGUUUCAAUUAUUCAAAAAGAAUCCGAAUUCAUUUCUUCGUUGAUUGCUUAUGAUGAAUUGCUUUUGAUUGUUUAUUUGUUACUUAGAACUAUUUUCUUUAGAGGUGGCUCUGGAUUUCAAUUGGUGUUGUUUUUGAUUUUCUAUUGGCUUAGAAUUUUGUACAAUAAAGAAACUAGAAGAUUAUUUGGUGCUAUUAUUGAAAGAUUGGAUUAUGAAAUGUCAAAGGUAAAGAAUGAAAAAGUUAGUCAUUAUUGGAAGAAGAUUAAGUUGAGCAUCCAAGAUAGGCAAGAACAAGAUUCUGUCAAAGACAACUAGUGUGUACUAGCUAUAUAUAUAUUUUUGUAUAGGACCUAUAAAUUUCAGCCAGCAUUAACGAAGU